AUGGAUUCGAAUGGGUCAAGGCCGCUGAUCCCCCGGAUUCCAAGCGGAAUGACCCCUCAGGAUUAUGCCGCGUCGCCUCCCCGGCCGAGGAGGCAUCUCCGCUCGCGCGAGGGAUGCUUAACGUGCAAGAAGAGAAAGGUCAAGUGCGACGAGCAGAGGCCGCGAUGCUCCCAUUGCGAGAGACUCAACUUUGAGUGCAAGUGGCGACCUCAACAGCGAUCAACGGCUCAAAGGAGGCAAGCAAACAACGACGUGGGCAACCAACAACCUGAGCAGAACCUUUCGCCUGCGACAGAUGCAUCGCCAGGAGCCUCGGUAUUUCAGCCUGCGCAUGCUGUGGAUGAGGUGUUUGACUAUGCGAGCUUCAUGUGGGACUCGGGCGACUUCUGGCAGCAAGUAUCUCCAGAUAUGAAUCCAAACCCAGGGCUCGAGGCGCAUAUGCUGGCUGCACAUUCACAAAUCACCUUUCCGGACAGGACAGCGUUUGGAAACCCCUUUCCGGGGUCAUCCGUCACACAAAGCAACGACAGCCCGGAGAAAGCGCCCUUGCCUCAAGGAACUGGGAGCGACAAGUUGAUGGACUUUUUCGCCAGCUCUGUCAACCCCCCUAUCAUUGCAGAAGUUGAGACACAGAAGAAGUGGGUUUCAAUGCGGCAGGCUGUCGUUGAAAUGGCCAAGGUCUCCCCAAUGGUUCAACACGCGAUACUUGCUUUUUCGAACCUCCUGCUCUCUCGGAAGGAUGGGACGUGGAACACAAACGACCAAAGUCACUAUGAGCAUGCUGUAGCAGAGGUUGCUAGUCGUGAUGGCACCCUCAUGACGGAGCACAGCGCUGCACGCGAAUACCUUCUUGCGGCUCUAUUCUUCCUUGGUUACAUCGAUAUUCUCGAAAGUCGACUCGACGCGGCGCACUCCAACCUCAAGCGAGCAUAUAUCUUGUUUCAAGGAAGCAACAAGAGCACCUUGACAUCGAACGAAAAGCAGUUGCUCCUAUGGAUUCGACUUUUGGACGGACGAGCGGUAUCGGCGGGCGGUGACGGUCUGUUCUUGACAAAGGACGAUGAGAUUUUGCUUGUGGAAGCGUCACCUGCAAGUCUCGACGGGGACCCCGAUGACGUUUCCAGGCCCGAUGGCGCCGAUGACAUUGAGGAUGUCCUCUUCCAAGUCCUGUACCAACCUGGUGUCGUCUUUUACCAAAAGGUGCAGAGCUUCAUGGGGAGAAUCUCAAAGAUUGAUCCUUGGCAUCGUUCGAGGGGUACUGUCGAGGAUGAGAUAGAGGUCAUGAACAUCGGGGCCGUGAUCGCAGCUGACCUGCGGACCCUGUACGAGCAGCGUCCUCCGCUGAUGGACUAUGCAGUUGCAGGGAAGCUGACGGAGCCGCACGUCUCGAAACACUUGGCUUUUGUAAUCACGAGGGCUUUUCGCACAUAUCUCGCCAACUUUCACGCCAGCAAGGUCCACUUACACCGCGUCGCUUACAAGACCCUCCCCCUGACAAAGGAGGCGUCCGAGGCGCUGGAUCAGAUUCGGAAGUUGGCUCGUCAGAUCGUCGAGGACCUGGAACCCGAGGAUAUCCUCCCGGUCAACAUGCUCUGGCCUCUGCUGAUGCUAGGCGUCGAGGAGCAGGAUCCAAACGAAAAGGUGUGGAUCAAGACGCAGAUUCUCAAGAUGGAAAAGGUGGCUACCAACGCUCGCAUCACUGCCCAGGUUCUCGAAGAGGUUCAGGCCCGGCAGGAAGCGGGCAAGGUGCGAAUGGAUAUCCGAGCCGUCAUGCAUGCCGUCUUCAACUCGUGCUUUGCUAUCGUCUGA